UUUUUUAUUUGAAUUUCUUCAAAACAAAAAAAUCUAUUUAUCAAAAUCAUUCCGUUUUCUAAUUUGUUCUUGAUUAAAUCCAGAAAAUUUUUAAAAAUAAUACUCCUACACUGUGUGGAUUGUUUUUUAUUCUUUCAUCAGAUGAGAAGAAAAGCUUGAAAAUAUUUGUAUUUAAAUAAAUUCGAUCACUUGUUGAAUGAUUAAAUUUUUCAAAAUUAUUGUGUUAAUCAUGCCAACCAAAAAACAAGAAAUCAAUCCAUAUUUACCUGAAUGGAUCCGGGUUCAUGAACCAAUGAAUCAUGUUGAAUGUAUACAUUUACUUGAAGAACGAUUUAUUCAAAGAAGACUAACCAAAUUAGAAGUCAUUGAACAUAUUUUAUCAAUGUUGAUCGGUUUUGAAUCCGAAUCUUUUAUCUGGAAUGAUAAUGAACAACAAUUCACACCGACCAAAUGUUAUUCAAUGACCAAUGUUAAUUUACAAACAUAUCGAUCAUUUCUUUCAAAAUUUGCCCCGAUCGGUACGAUGUAUCGUCGUAUGUCAACAUUUGUUGAUACGGAAUAUUUUCGUGGUAAAACAUUUUUUGCAUAUCAAAAUGUUUUGGGUAAAAUUCUUGCUGAAUUGAUGGAGAAAACUUUACAAGCACGACAACAUUUUACUAAAUCAUCAACCAAUAUUGAUCCGGAUAAAAAUGUUCGAUUAAUUUUGGUUGAAUCAUUUUUAGAUUCUGAACAAAAUGGUCAACUAUUAUUAUCGAUACGAAAUCUAUAUGCUAUUCAUCAGGAAAUCAUUCGAAAUGAUUCAAAAAAUCAAUCAUCUGAAUCGAUCACUAUAUCGGAUUCAUUUUUUCAAAUGGAAACUAGUCUUCAUCGAUAUUUUUGUCGUCAAACAUUGAAUGCUAUACAUAAACGUUUAUCGAUUCCAGAUAUAAGAAUUCGUAGUUUAGCAUAUACAAUGUUGGAUCAUUGUUUACGAAUAUUGUUCAUAUCAUUAGAAACGAUGCUCAAAUCAUUAACUUCAAUAUCGGAAAUUUCAUCAAAUGAAUUUCUAUUCGAAUCAAAAUUUCGUUCAAAAAAUCAAUUAUAUCAUAAUGUUUGUAAGGUAACUGAAAUGUCAAAAUUUUGGCAUGAUUUUCUUUUCGUCGACGAACAAUUUAAAUCAUUACAAUUAUUUCAAUUUGAAUCAUUAAAUUUAAUGUCCGAAGCUAUAAAAUGUUCAUUUGUUUGUCGGAAAAAUCAUCUCCACAUGGAUUCAUUGAAUCGAUUUCAAUCCAUUCGUAUUAUCGAUUUAUUUCGUUCGAUAAUGUUUCGAAUGUUAAAAAUUAAUUGCCAAAAUUUUGAUGAAAAAUUAUUUGAUAUUUUUUGUGAUUCCUAUGAAACGAAUGAAUCAAUAAUAAUGGAUAAUAAUAAUCUGAUUUCAGAAUAUCAAAAACGACGAUUUAAAACAUAUCGAUUACCAUUGAAUACUUGUUUGAAUAUAACCAGUAUAUUGAAUGAAGCUUUAAAUGAAACAUUCGAAACAAUAAGUCGUCCUAUUGUACAGGAAUUUCUACCCGAAUUACGUCGCCGUUAUCUUCGCCUGUUUAAUUAUUAUACGAAUUUUUUUCUAUGUCAAAAUGUUCAACAUACAUUACUUUAUAUGUAUUUUUUAUUUCCAAUAUUGAAAGAUCAACUUCAACGUGCACGUUAUCGUCGUUCAUUUUCUGAAUUAGAUUCAUUAAUGAAACAAAUUCAUCGUUCUUAUUUACAAAAUGAUGAUAACGAUAAUGACGAUAAUGAUAAUGGUCAUAAUUAUUUUCAACCACAUAUUUCAUUGGCAAUU